AUGAACCAGAAAUCUGUAACUGCACUUAUAUUAUUAGAUUUAUCGAAGGCAUUUGAUAGCGUACAUCACCCAACAUUGCUUCAUAAGUUAAGAUACAUUGCCGCAUCUCCUGAGGUAGUGAAGUGGUUCGAAAGCUACUUAACGGGCAGAUCACAAUUUGCCCGUAUUGGAACGUCUGUUUCCUAAAAGAGAGUUCUGCCAUUGGAAAAGAAAGUUUUUCGAUAUCAAAAGAGCCUUACCAUUUGAAAAGAGAGUUUUGCUAUGUGAAAAAUCAGUUUUGCGACGUGUAAUAUUGCUUUACUACUUGACAAUGGGUUCGGCUAUUUGAAAAAGGUGUUCUGCCAUUUGAAAAGAGAGCUCGGCCAUUUGAAAAGAGAGUUUUGACAUCUGACAAGAGAGUUUUGCCAUCUGAAAAGAGAGUUUUGCGAUUGGAAAAGGGAUUUCUGCAAUUUUAAAUGCGAGUUUUGCCAUCUGAAAAGAGAGUUUUGCCAUUUCAAAAGAGCCUUGCCAUUUGAAAAGAGAGUUUUGCCACGUGAAAAGCCAGUUUUUCCAUGUGAAAACAUACUUUUGCUAUUGGAAAAGGGAGAUCUGCUAUUUGAAAGGAAACGUCCGCUAUUUGAAAAGGGAGUUCUGCAUUUGAAAUUGGAGUUCUGGUUUUCGAAAAGGGAGUUCUGGUCUUUAAAAAGGAAGUUCUGCUAUUUGACUAGGUAGUUCUGCUAUAAGAAAACGGAGUUCUGCUAUUUGAAAAGGCGCUCAGCUAUUUGAAAAGAGAGAUCUAGUCUUCGAAAAGGGAGUUCUGCUAUUUGAAGAGAAAGCUCCGCUAUUUGAAAAGAGAAUUCUGCUAUUUCAAAAAGGAGUUCUGCUCUUUGAAAAGGGAGUUCUUCUACUUGAAAGGGAGUUCUCCUAAUUGCUAAGGGAGUUCUGCCAUUUGAAAAGGGAGUUCAGCUUUUUGAAGAGGAGUUCUGCUCUUUUGAAAGGGAGUUCUGCUAUUUGAAAGGAAUGCUCCGCUAUUUGAAUAGUGAGUCCUGCUAUUUGAAAAGGGAGUUAUGUCUGCUCUUUGAAAAAAAAACUCCCCUAUCUGACAAGGCAGUUCUGCUAUUUGAAAAGGGACAUCCGCUCUUUGAAAAGGGAAUUCUUAUGUUCGAAAUAGGGGAUCUGGUUUUUGAAAGGGGAGUUCUGCUAUUUAAAAAGGGAGUGCUGCUAUUUAAAAAGGGAGUUCUGGUAUUUGACUAGGUAGUUCUGCUAUUUGAGAAGGGAGUUCAGCUAUUUGAAAAGGGAGAUCUGCUCUUUGAAAAGGGAGUACUGCUAUUUCAAGAGAAACCUCCGCUAUUUGAAAAGGGAAUUCCGCUCUUUGCAAAGUGAGUUCUGCUAUUUUACUAGGUAGUUCCGCUAUUUGAAAAGGGAGUUCAGCUAUUUGAAAAGGGAGUUCAGCAAUUUGAAAAGGUAGUUCUGCGCUUUGGAAAAGGAUUUUCUGCUAUUUGAAAAGGGAAUUCUGCUCUUUGAAACGGGAGUCUUUCUAUAUGAAAGGGAGUUCUCCUCUUUGAAGACGAAGUUCUGCUAUUUGAAAAGGGAUAUCUGCUCUUUGAAACGGGAGUUCUGCUAUUUGAAAAGAAAGUCGCGCUAUUUGAAAAGGGAGCCCUGCUAUUUCGAAAGAAACUUCUGCUCUUUGAAAAGGGAUUUCCUUUGUUCGAAAUUGGAGAUCUGGCGUUUGAAAAGGCAGUUUUGCUAUUUAAAAAGGGAGUUCUGCUAUUUGACUAGGUGGUCUUCUAUAAGAAAACCGAGUUCUGCUAUUUGAAAAGGGAGCUCAGAUAUUUGAAAAGAGAGAUGUUGUCUUUGAAAACGGAGUUCUGGUAUUUGAAGAGAAAGCUCCGUUAUUUGAAAAGAGAAUUCUCCUAUUUGAUAAGGGAGUUCUGCCAUUUGAAAAGAGAGAUCAGCUUUUUGAAAAGGUAGAUCUGCUAUUUGUAACGGGAGUUCUGCUAUUUCAAGAGGAGUUAUGCUCUUUUGAAAGGGAGUUCUGCUAUUUGAAAGGAAUGCUUCGCUAUUUGAAAAGGGAGUUCUGCUAUUUGAAAAGGGAGUUCUGUCUCCUCUUUGAAAAGACGGCUCCGCUAUUUGAAAAGGGACUUCUGGUAUUUGAAAAGGGAGUUCUCCUCUGGACUUCUUCUGUUCGAAAUUGGAGAUCUGGUUUUGAAACAGUAGUUCUGCUAUUUAAAAAGGGCGUUCUGCUAUUUGACUAGGUAGUUCUGCUGUUUAAAAAGAGAGUUCUUCUGUUUGAAAAGGGAGUUCAGGUAUUUGAAAAGGGAAAUCUCCCCAUCGAAAAGGGAGUUCUGCUAUUUCAAGAGAAAGCUCCGCCAUUUGAAAAGGGAAUUCCGCUCUUUCAAAAGGGAGUUCUGUUAUUUUACUAG